AGAUGGAUAAACAUGGGACCAUUACCAGGAACCGUUCAUGUAAUUUUAAUCAUGACGACCAUUACCUACCCAGCUACAAAAAGUAGUCAGGUUUGCUAUAUACAGCCAGAGUGCAGUGUGCUACAGCUAGCUAGCCUUGAUGGCUGCACUACGAAGGGAGGUGCUGAGUGUAUACCGACGUAUUCUUAGGGUAUCUGUAAUCUGGGAGGCCGGGGUGACGGGGGACACUUUGGCCGAGAGAGAGUACAUCAGGAACGAGACUACGUCACUGUUCAGGAAGAACAGAGAGAUAAGAGAUCCGGACGAAAUUCGAAUGUGUUUAGCAGAAGCCAGCAGUCGUCUAGAAAUGGCACUUCAUUACAGGAACCCCUACCCUCGGCCAGUCAAUGUGCCCCCAGCCUUUGUGAUGGCCAGCAAGGACAAGAGAAGCAUUGUCAGGAGAACUAAGCAGUCGAAGCCAAUCUACAUACACACUAAAGACUAGUACAUAGCUAAAUGCAAUAAUUUCACUAACUAUAAUUUUCACCUAAAAUCGAUGGUACAAUUAGUAUUAACAGGAGCGUGGUAUUAAUAAUGAAUUUUAAGACAGAGUCUAUACAA